AUGGCGGGGGAACCGCCAGAGCCCGCCUCCUCGCAGGAUGCUCAGCUCGCGGCCUCUUCCUCCUCCGCCGCGGCCGCCGUAGCCGGCGUAGGCGGCCCCAACCCGUGCUGCGCGAAGCUGUGGAAGAAGUACCAGAAGUUGGAGACGAGCCGGACGGCGCUGCGGGAGGCGGUGAAGCUCCUGCAGGCCGAGAACGAGAAGCUGCAGAAGGAGAACUCGGAGCUCAGCAAAGUGUGCAAGGAGGAACGCCUCCGAGGUGAUUCAGCAGAAGCAGCUAGGGCAACUGAGUCUGAUGCCAGAGAUCUACUGGAAAAGGAGAUAAUUGAAUUAAAGACACAGAACUCAAGUUUGAAGCAAACACAAAAUACCUGCAAAAAUAAUGAUGAACCUUUACGCAUCUCUGAAUUGGAGGAAGAAAAUAGAAAGCUCAUACAUGUUUUAGGAGAAGAAAGGAAGAAGAUUACUUCUGAGAAGAAAAAAUUUGAAGAAGAAAAGUGCAAAACUCUAGAAAUGCAAAGGAUAUUGAAGUCAGAAACACAGAAGUCUGAAGAGUAUAGAAGAGUUGCUGAUACGGAGAGAAAAGUUGCCAAUGAUUGGAGAGCAUCAUGUGAAAGGUUGAGGAGUGAAGCAAAUGAAAUCAGAGCACAGUUAACUGCUCAGGUUCAGAAAACAGAAGAAAUGCUUAAAAGGGUUGAAAUGGAGAAGCAAAAGGUAGCCAGAGAAAAGAAACGUGCUGAUUCAGAGAAAUCAUUAGCUGAAAAGAACAAAACACUUAUUGAAGUUGAGAAGAAAAAAGUAACGGAAGAGAAGUGCCGUGCUGACAAUUUAUUUGCAAAGUUAGAGGAGCAGAAGAAACUCAAUGAACGUUUGCGAACUAGCAUACAGGUUGAAACAAAGAAUGCAAUAGAAGAGAAAAAACGAGCAGACCAAUUGUUCCAGAAAUUAGAAGAGGUGAGAAAACAGACUGAAUAUUUACAGAGAAAGACAAAUGAACUCUCUGCAGGCAGAGAUGUAAUUUCUUCUGGCAAGUAUGGGCAGCGACAUGUUGAUAGAACUUCUGAGAGUGCAACUGUAAAGCUUCUCAAAGAGAAGCUUAAGCUGAAGAAAGGACAACUAAAGCAUGUAAAGAAUGUGUCCAAACUAGAUAAAGCAAAAACUGCUUUAAUAAGAAGAGAGCUUCAACGUUUAAAGCAAGACUGGAUGCAGCUACUGAGUCGGUUUAACAUGCUGGAUGACCACCUUGCUCGCGGUGUUGAAGGUAUUCAUGUCUUAACAGAGUUGAAUCAACAUCCGGAGAUACGUGGCUUUGAACAGAAGCUGCUUCCUAAUGAUUCAGUUCCUGCCCCAUAUUUUGGGCUGCAGUCUGGGAUAGUUCCAUUUGGCUCUUCUAUCCCAAGUGAAUACACUUCAUAUCAGUUACCCAGAGAAAGCUGCUCACGACCAAUCUCAGGUACUAGUUCUGAAUUAGGGUCCCCUCUUGGUAGCUCUCACAGAACAAAGUCAAAAAGUCAGCACAGAUCUUUAUGUCCAACAUCCAUAUCUGAUGAAAAAAUCAUGGGCUCACAGGGUAAGGAUAGCCUAUUUGUCUCAUCGACAGACAUCAGAAAAAAACAGAAUUCAGUUGUUUCUGAGCUGCCUCCUAAAGUUAGUAAUGAUAGAACAUUGCCUCCAGAAGCAUUGAGGAUACCCUUGUCUUGUGGUACGGAAGUUACAGAUAAAAGAGAAACACUUGGUGGUGAUAGGAAGAGAAAGAGGACCAAAAGGUCUCCAGAACCCUCUGCUUUUCUUCCCUCUAAAAGUGAGCUGCAUUUGAAACCAAAGGUGCAUGCUGCCACUUCAAAUGUUGCAUUAGCAUUUGAGGAUGAUCCUUCGUGUCUGCAGCAAGGAAAUAACACCAUGUGUGUGACUGAAGGUUACAUGGAAAAUCAUAGGAGAAAAUAUCUUGCUGUCUCUGAUAAAGCUCCUCCAUCCAGUUUCCCUUCUAAAGUGUCUUCUUGUGGAGGAAAUGGCUGUGCUAGUAGCAAGUUUGCUUCAUUGAUCCCCUUUGAGGAAAUGGUCAGGGAAAACUGCUUAAAGUUGCUCAAUUUGGAUGAUGAUGCAGAUGAGGAAAAGUAUAGAAAGGCAAAGGAGAGACCCCUUUCACCAAACCUGACCGUUAUCCGACCCCGUAGAACUAAAGUGCCUACAUAUGCAGAACCUCACAGUUCGGGUAGAUCUCUCAACAAUUGUCCUGCCUUAGGAUCUGAUGCCAUUGAUUCCAAGACAAGGUCCAAAGAAGUUAAAGAGCCUGCAAUUCAGAAAUCGACUCAAAAUUGUAUGCAGCUUGAUCCAUCGUCAAAUAUAAUCGAGUGUAGUGGCAUUGCUAAACCCCUUUUCGCGAAUGAUAAAUCCAAUGCAGCUGUCAAUGUUUCUUGUAGCACCAGUUUGGUCGUAGUGCCAACGAGCGCUUUUUUAGGCAGCCUUUUGCAUGAGGAUGUGGUCCAGAAUUCUGUUGCAUCUUCUGCUGAGGGAUUAGACAGUAUAAGCAGACCAGUGUCAUCAGGAAGUACCUGCAGUGGUCAUUCAAAUUCCAUUAUACAUUUGUCCAAGGAAGUGCCUACCAAAAACAGCUCACAUCAAUUUUGUGACAAAUCAUCAAGUCCUGGGCUGCAAGCUAAUGUUGGGACAAGUGAAACAACAGUGACCAAGCCAUACAAUUCAGUCUCUAAUAGUUUGCUUGGGCAUCAUUGUGGAUCUGAAAAACCUCCAAUGCACUUAGUUGGAUUUACAAGAAUGAAAAGAAGCAACAUGAUGAACAUAUUUCGGUAUUGGGAGAUAUUGAGUUCUCAAUCCCAAAAGCAUUCUAACGAAGCUUCAGUUGAUGGUCCAUUGCUUGAUAAAGUGUCAACUGACACUUUGCUACCUACAGAUGAGAAGGUUUCCCUCAUAUUUUCCCUUUUGUUGUGGGAUAUUAGAUUCACAGAAGAAACUUUUGCAGAUGGAAAUUUUGCCUCAUCAGCUUUUUCAUCGAGUGUGAAAUCUCAUAUGGAAACAAGGUGGACCAUUCUGAGAGCAGAUGAGCUGGAUGUUCUUUUCUCCUUAAUUGAAGAUUUUCUCCUGAACAAAGAAGUUGUAGUCUGCGAGAAAAUGGGACAGAAGGUUUUUGGCGCAAGCAAAGAUCAUGAAUUAGAUGAUGAAACUGGUUUACAGCUAUCUGUUAAACCUGCAAAAAUAAAUGAAUUUAUCGCGGCUUGCAUUCUGUUGGCUUCAAUAUGUGUGGAAGUGGGCAGAGUGGACAUUGUAUUAGAGGUUUCUUACAAAGUUCUUCAGAUGGAUGGUUUCAUCUCUUCACUAUUGGAUGAGCUGGAUUUAUGUUCUCUUCAGUGGAAUAACCACGCCUGCUCAAAUGAAACUAUCACAAGGUGCAGUUCUCAUUUGGGAUCAAGUGGACUUGAUACCAGAUGUAGUGAAACUUGUAAUAUCUUCAAGCAAGGAAAACUAUCUGAGGAUACUCAUUACUACCCUGCAGCAAUUAACUUAUGCUACUUCACCGAGCUAAUUUCUUUGCUCGAGCUCUUUGGGAUUUAUAUGAGCUGUGAGUGGACAUACAACAAUGUCGUUGUCCGUCUUCUGGAGAUUCUGGAAUCGUGCAUGUGCCAUGACUAUUCAGCUGCUCUGUUAGUACUUGUCAGCCAACUUGGAAGGUCCUUUGUCGAUGAUGUUGGUUAUGAGGAUAGAAGUGUUAGUAAGCUGAGGAACAAAUUAUCAUCAUUGUUAACAGGGACAAGUUUUACAAAAUCAUGGAGUUUAAGUGUUCAGUUUACUGCCAUUGGUGCAUUGGUCAGCGUCCUUCCACUGCCAUUUGACAAAAUUGUUGCCACUGAAAGUAGACAAUUAUCAGGUCCCUUCGUUGUGCAAGUGAAACAGAUUUCUGAAUGGAUCUUAAGCUGUAGUGACCAAAUGAGAAUUGCAGUCGACGCUUCUGUUCAGCUUAUUGCAGUGAGCCACCAUAAUGAACCCAGGCUCGGAUCGUGGCACGAGCUGCUCAAGAAUCAAAAUGAGCCAAAGCCACAGCCAGCCAGCCCACAAACGUGGCGAAAAAUACCUGCCGUUAAAGCCCCCAGUACAUCCAAAAUCCCCGCGAGGCCGCGACCACCCCCAGUCCCCCUGCGAGUGCCAACGCGAUGGCUCAGAGGUAGCCCAGAAGCGCAGCCCACGUAG